CAGUCAUGCCGGCACAGAGCGGCACAGCAGGCCCCGCAGUCUCCAGGAGAUCCGAUAAAUAUCGUAGCUAGCUGGCCUUUUGAUAUCCAUACCAACCUCGAAACCAUAGAUUUUGCUGAACAAUGCCUGAAUCUGUACAGAAAUACAUCGUCGCUCUCUCGCCCGACGCAGACUAUGACGCUACCAAGCAAACCAUCGAGGAUCAAGGCGGAAAGAUCGUCGAUGACACGAUGCGGAUUCUUGGGAUGAUCACCGUCGAGAUGUCUGAUGAAGGCGCUUCAUGUCUGAAAUCACUCACUAGCGAUGUCAUUUCAGUCGAACCUGACCAACAAGUUUCGACCCAGGCAGCCGCCUGAUAGCAUUGACACAUGCGAUAUAGGACAGGACGCUGGGAGAUGCAUGGUGGCAGUGUGAUGCAGGAUAUGAAUGAGUGGAGACAGACUUGUACAGUUCAUUAUUUGAGGAUGUAGAACAAACAAUGCAGCGGAGAGAUGUUGUGAUCUGAUAAGCUUCCCUGAAUGAUCUAAGCGACUCCUUGAUAUCUCGGGAUCUCAAUAUUAAUAGUCCAACUGAGAGCCAUUACUAUGCAUAAAUUGCAGGGAUGGUAAAAUAAGUCCUGCCGUGGAGAGCGAUGAGAAAACGAAUGGCAAAUAGGUACGUAGCUAAUGAGUGUGGGGUGUAAGAGGGUAUAGUAAGUCUAGACGAUUACCAGAGUGUGUUCUGACUGAGAACAAAAAAAAAAAAAA